AUGAAGGCCGUCACCAACGCAGUCGCCCUGGCCAUGGCCGUUUCGCCCGCCGCUGCCGCCUACAAGGGUUUCAACUACGGAGCAACAAAUGACGAUGGCUCAGCGAGACAACAAUCUGAUUUCGAAGCUCAAUUCGAGACCGCCAAGGGCCUUGUUGGAGCCGAGGACUUCACUAGUGCCCGUUUGUAUACUAUGGUGCAAGGUGACACUACAAACACCCCCAUUUCCGCCAUUCCCGCUGCUAUCGCCCAGAACGUUACUCUGCUCCUCGGUUUGUGGGCCUCUGGUGACACCUUUGACAACGAAGUUGCCGCUUUGCAGUCCGCCAUCUCGACUUACGGAGAUGAGCUCGGUAGCUUGGUUGUCGGUAUCUCCGUUGGAAGUGAGGAUCUUUACCGUAACUCCGUCGCCGGAAUCGAGGCCGAUGCUGGUAUCGGAAAGAACCCCAGCACUAUUGUUGACGAUAUCAAGACCGUCCGAUCCACCAUUUCUGGCACUGCCUUGGAUGGUGUCCCAGUUGGUCACGUUGAUACUUGGACUGCUUGGGCCAACUCUUCCAACUCUGCCGUCAUCGAUGUCGUCGAUUGGCUCGGUCUCGACGCCUAUCCUUUCUUCCAAAACACCGACUCCAACUCCAUCUCCAAUGGCAAAUCUCUCUUCCAAGCUGGCAUGGACCAAGUCAACGCCGUUGCCGGUGGCAAGCCUCUCUGGGUCACCGAGACUGGUUGGCCAGUGACCGGAACCCAGCAAGGCCUUGCCAUUGCUUCCGCCGAUAAUGCGAAGACUUACUGGGAUGAUGUUGGCUGCGGGCUUCUUUUCGAUAAUGUCAACACCUACUGGUACAUCCUCCAGGAUUACGGUGCCAGCCCUAGCUUCGGCGUCGUUGGCAGCGAACUCACUACCACACCUCUCUACAACUUGACCUGCCCUGCUGUUUCCACUUCGACUUCCAGCUCCGUUUCCAGCACGGCUACCGCUACUUCUUCCGUGGGCAGCAGCACCGGUACUGUCUCUCCAAGUAAUCCCCCCUCCUCCUCUCUCCCCUCCGCUUCUUCCCUUUCUUCCCAGAGCUCUGGGUCUGACAAGACUCCAGGCUCUGCCACUUCUGCUAGCCCAUCUUCUGUUACCCUCUCCGCCUCUAGCUCUGUCACUCCAGGCUCUGCUACAGUAACCUCCACUCCUACCCCUGGUGUCAUCCCAAGCAACUCCACCGUGUACACACCUUCUGGCGCCACCACUCCUGGCUCGACCGGUACCAAGGCCACAAGCAGCCCUACCGUUUCUCCUUACACCGGUGGUGCCAGCAGCGUUUCUGCAUCCGUCACCGGCAUCGUUGCUGCUAUCUUUGCUCUUGUUGUUGCCUUCUAA